AUGAUGGACCUCACAGCGGCGGCGGCGGAGCCCGAGGCAACCAGUCGGCGCACCUGCCUGGUGUGCCACAAGCGGUUCGACUCCGCGAGCAAGCACCGCUCGCACGAGCUGCGACACAGGAGCAAGAUGCUUGGUCGGUACCGGUGCACAACUUGCUCGAAGUGCUUCGUGCAGAAAUCGUCUCUGGUGACACACGUGCGGAUACACACGGGAGAGCGUCCCUACCGGUGCUGGCAUUGCAAUGCCUCCUUCAGGGACGUAUCGUGCUACAACAAGCACAAACGUGUGCACAGCGGCGAACGGCCCUACGUCUGCAUCGCCUGCAACAAGGCGUUCACCCAGUCCGGAAACCUCUACCGGCACAUGCGCGCAGCGGCGGCGGCGGAGCCCGAGGCAACCAGUCGGCGCACCUGCCUGGUGUGCCACAAACGGUUCGACUCCGCGCGCAAGCACCGCUCGCACGAGCUGCGACACAGGAACAAGAUGCUUGGUCGGUACCGGUGCACGACGUGCUCGAAGUGCUUCGUGCAGAAAUCGUCUCUGGUGACGCACGUGCGGAUACACACGGGAGAGCGUCCCUACCGGUGCCUGCAUUGCGAUGCCUCCUUCAGGGACGGAUCGUCCUACAACCAGCACAAACGUGUGCACAGCGGCGAACGGCCCUACGUCUGCAUCGCCUGCAACAAGGCGUUCACCAAGUCCGGAAACCUCUACCGGCACAUGCGCUCUUCCGACGCGACAAUUAAGGCGUUAUGCACUGUGCGAUUCCUGUACGGGCCGAAGUUCUGCGCCGAGGCCGAGUGCCCUACCAUCGAGGCCAGCUUGCUGCGGCAGCCGGUUGCCGUCGGAGACCAGCUGCAGCGCAGCUUCUCGCUACCGCUCACCUACACGCUCCUGCUCAAAAUUUUCCAGCAGUUCUGCGGGAUCAACGUUCUCACCUUCUAA